ACGAAGUCAAAUGUUUUAACAGUAAAAGAAAAACGCCCGAGUUUAAUUAGAUUUCAAACUAAAUUGUAUUUUUAUUUUGCUCAUAUCUGUUGGAAAGUUGACGUAAGCGUAGCGUAGGCCUAUAGCAUUAUUACUAUUAUAUUUUGUCUUCUCCCAUUCCAGUUUUUUUUAUUAUAUCUUUACGUCAAGGUGACAGCUACUAUCACUACUAUCAGUAGCCUUGAUACCAGAACUGCAGAAGGCUGGCUUGCAGUGGCAAGGUUAGGGGCGGAUUAGUGUUUCCCGUUUUUCAUCUCUUCCAAUGAUUUAUAUUUUGAUGGGCGUGUGUGGGAGUGGCAAAACUACGAUUGGAACCAGUCUUGCUGAGCAGUUAAAUAGUGUGUUUCGAGAUGCUGACAGCUUUCAUACUGAUGAAAAUAAAAAGAAGAUGGCCAGUGGUAUGCCAUUAACUGAUGAGGAUAGAUUGCCGUGGCUACUGGCUAUACACGAUUUUCUUAAGGGAUUUCAAACUAAAGGACAGACAGUAGUAAUAACUUGUUCAGCAUUAAAGAAAGUGUAUCGACAAAUAUUACGCUAUGGAAAACGAUAUAGCAAUAUUCAGGAAAUUUGUGAAACGGAAAAUCUACCCAUUCCCUUUAAGUUAGUGUAUCUAAAAGGCGAGGAGGCUGUAUUGAGAGAUCGAAUGCAGAAGAGAACGGGCCAUUUCAUGUCAUCUGGUAUGUUAUCAUCACAGCUAGUAACUAUGGAAGAACCAGACGACAUUGAAGAAUGUCUGAUUAUAGACAUACGGGAAAGUGUAAACACGAUAGUGAAAAACAUUCUACAGACGUCAUAGUUUGUAACAGACCUAUUGAUAUGCAUGUUACUGGAGACCCUAAUCAUUCCGAAUAUAACAACCAAUUAUUUUAUUGUCAUUAAUUAUCACAGGCCUACGCCUACAUUUAAUACUGAUAAAAUCAAAAUGAAAUGUGGUUUAACGUCCUUAUGUUGUGCUCCGACUGGCUAAUGAAGACGGGCAUAGGCCUGCCUACGCCAUACAGUGUGCUAUUAGGGAAAUUUUGCUCGGACAGCGGCGGUAAGGCCUACGCUUGAAUGUAUCGAAUUCCAACUGUCAAGGGAUCUUUUACGUGCACGCCAAUGUGUACACGGGACCUCGGUUUUACGUCCCAUCCGAAAGACUACUCAGCUGUUCUUGCCAGCUCCUCCGUCCUGGACCACUGACAAAGGGAAUUUAAUACUGAAGUAUAUUGUCGUCACAAAAUGUGACUUGGCUGUUCGUCGGUCGUCCCCACAAUUCCUUGUAAGGGCAUCCGAGACUACAAUGUCAUGACAUGUUUCUCAAUUGUUACAGAGUGAUAAUACGUUAGAAAGGCAUGUAAAUACAUUAGUAUAUGCUUA